AUGGCAGAGGCCAGUAUUUCAGUGGGUCAGGACAAGUUCAUGUGUCCAGUCUGUCUGGAUCUCCUUAAGGAUCCUGUGACUAUUCCCUGUGGACACAGUUACUGUAUGGGCUGUAUUAAGGUCUGCUGGGAUCAGGAUGAUCAGAAGGGAGUCUACAGCUGCCCCCAGUGCAGAGAGACCUUCAUACCCAGACCAGUUCUGGGUAAAAAUGCCAUAUUGACUGAAAUGGUAAAGAAAUUGAAGACGAGACUCCAAGCUGCUGCUCCUCCUGCUCACUGUGACACUGGAGAUGUGGAGUGUGAUUUUUGCAUUGGGAAGAAAGAAAAAGCCAUCAAGUCCUGUCUGACAUGUCUGGUUUCAUACUGUCAGACUCACCUCCAGCCUCACUAUGAGGUCACUGCCCUCCAGAAACACACGCUGGUCAAAGCCUCCACACGACUACAGGACCAGAUUUGUCUUCAUCACAACAAACUGACAGAACUUUGGUGUCAAACCGACCAACAGUUCAUGUGUUAUCUGUGUAUGUUGGAUGAACACAGAGACCAUAAAACAGUAUCAGUGGCAGCAGAGAGGACUGAAAGACAGAAACAGUUGGGAGAAAGUCAGAGGAAAACCCAGCAGAGAAUCCAGGAGAGAGAGAAGGAGGUACAGGAUCUGAGACAGGCUGUGGAGUCUCUGAGGCGCUCUACACAGGCAGCAGUGGAGGACAGUGAGAGGAUCUUUACUGAGCUGAUCCGCUCCAUUGAGAGAAGGUGCCGUGAGGUGACAGAGCUGAUCAGAGAUCAGGAGAAGAGUGAAUUGAGUCGGGCUGAAGGAGUUGUGGAGCAACUGGAGCAGGAGAUUGCUGAUCUGAGGAGGAGAGACACUGAGCUGGAGCAGCUUUCACACACAGAGGAUCACAUCCAUUUCCUCCAGAGUUUCUCUUCUCUCUCUGCCUCUCCUGGAUCUGAAGACUUACCCAGCAUCACUGUCAGUCCACACCUCUCUUUUGAGGAUGUAGGAAAAUCUGUCUCUCAGCUGAAAGAGCGACUGGAGGAUUUCUGGAAGAAGGAGUUUGGAAGACUUUACAGUAAAGUAUUUUCUGUUUUAUUUCUCUAUUUCUCUUUCUAUUGUGAACACUUUAAGAGUCUAAUGAACCCUUUUGUUUUUCAAGAGAGAAACAUUGAGAUCAUUCCUCUCCCUGAACCCAAAACCAGAGAGCAGUUCUUAGAACAUUCCUGUGAUCUCAGACUGGAUCCCAACACAGCACAUAAACACCUCUGUCUGUCUGAGGGGAACAGAGUGGUGACAUGGAGUAACACAGUCCGGUCAUAUCCUGAUCAUCCAGAGAGAUUUGAUAGGUGGCGUCAGGUGUUGUGUAGAGAGAGUGUGUCUGAACGCUGUUACUGGGAGACUGAGUGGAGUGGGGAUAAUGGGGUUGAUAUAUCAGUGUCAUAUAAAGACAUCAGGAGGAAAGGACGGGGUAAUGAUUGUGGGUUUGGAUAUAAUAAACAGUCCUGGAAUUUGUUCUGUUCUCCCUCUGAAUACUCAUUCUGGCACAAUAAUAAAGUGACUCAAUUCCCCAUAGUCCCCAGUUGCUCCAGAAUAGGAGUGUAUGUGGACCACAGGGCAGGAACUCUGUCCUUCUACAGCAUCUCUGACACAAUGACCCUCCUCCACAGAGUCCACACCACAUUCACUCAGCCCCUCUAUCCUGGGUUUAGUGUCUGGCCAAGGUCAACAGUGAGGCUAUUUUGGGAGCUUUAUAAAAUGGCCAGUAUUUCAGUAGACCAGGACCAGUUCAUGUGUCCAGUCUGUCUGGAUGUCCUUAAGGAUCCUGUGGCUAUUCCCUGUGGACACAGUUACUGUAUGGGCUGUAUUAAAGGCUACUGGGAUCAGGAUGAUCAGAAGGGAGUCUACAGCUGCCCCCAAUGCAGACAGACCUUUAGUCCAAGACCUGCCCUUGGUAAAAACGCCAUAUUGGCUGAAAUGGUGGAGAAACUGAAGAAGACGAGACUCCAACCUACUGCUCCUCCUGCUCACUGUUAUGCUGGACCUGGAGAUGUGGAGUGUGGUGUUUGUACUGGGACAAAACCGAAAGCCAUCAAGUCCUGUCUGGUGUGUCUGGAUUCCUACUGUCAAACUCAUUUUGAACAACAUGAAAAACUGUUCAGAGGAAAGAAGCACAAUGUUAUUGAUGCUAAUGGAAAACUACAAGACCAGAUUUGCCCUCAUCAUAACAAACUGAUAGAACUUUGGUGUCAAACCGACCAGCAGUUCAUGUGUUAUCUGUGUCUGGUGGAUGAACACAGAGACCAUAAAACAGUAUCAGUGGCAGCAGAGAGGACUGAAAGACAGAAACAGUUGGGAGAAAGUCAGAGGAAAACCCAGCAGAGAAUCCAGGAGAGAGAGAGGGAGGUGCAGGAGCUGAGACAGGCUGUGGAGUCUCUGAGGCGCUCUGCACAGGCAGCAGUGGAGGGCAGUGUCAGAAUCUUUACUGAGCUGAUCCGCUCCAUUGAGAGAAGGUGUCAUGAGGUGAUAGAGCUGAUCAGAGGUCAGGCGAAGACUGAAUUGAGUCAGGCUGAAGGAGUCCUGGAGCGACUGGAGCAGGAGAUUGCUGAUCUGAGGAGGAGAGACACUGAGCUGGAGCAGCUUUCACACACAGAGGAUCACAUCCAUUUCCUCCAGGUAACAGUGGAGGACAAAGUGAUCACCAAUAUAACAGCGCUUGACUUCUCUUCAAGUCUCUCAUCUCUCUGUUCCCCUCCUGGAUCUGAAGACUUACCCAGGAUCACUGUCAGUCCACACCUCUCUUUUGAGGAUGCAGGAAAAUCUGUCUCUCAGCUGAAAGAGCGACUGGAGGAUUUCUGUGAGGAGGAGUUUGGAAAACUUUCUAGAAAAGAUUCCUGUAAUCUCACACUGGAUCCCAACACAGCACAUAAACACCUCUGUCUGUCUGAGGAGAACAGAGUGGUGACAUGGAGUAACACAGUCCAGUCAUAUCCUGAUCAUCCAGAGAGAUUUGAUGAGUGGUGUUAUCAGGUGUUGUGUAGAGAGAGUGUGUCUGAACGCUGUUACUGGGAGACUGAGUGGAGUGGGCCUUAUGGGGUUUAUAUAUCAGUGUCAUAUAAAGACAUCAGCAGGAAAGGACGGGGUCGUGAGUGUUGGUUUGGAUUUAAUGAUCAGUCCUGGAGUUUGUACUGCUCUCCCUCUAAUUACUCAUUCGAACACAAUAAUAAAGUGACUCAACUCCCCAUAGUCCCCAGUUCCUCCAGAAUAGGAGUGUAUGUGGACCACAGGGCAGGAACUCUGUCCUUCUACAGCGUCUCUGACACAAUGACCCUCCUCCACAGAGUCCAGACCACAUUCACUCAGCCCCUCUAUCCUGGGUUUAGAGUCAGAGGAGACCUUUAUGGUGGUUUAAGAUCAGAAGUGAGGUUAUGCCACCGUAAAAAAUGA